GGGUCUUUGUGGAUCCAGGAUCCAUGAAUGAAUGGACGAGAACCGGUGUCUGAACAGAGAAGGCGGCCGGAGCAGACUGCGGACAAUCCAACUUCACCCGAGCGUUGUGUAAAGUUGCGUUAAGAAGAAAAUCCAUCCACUGAGCUGCAGCUUUAAAGGCCAGGGGACGGUUUUUCCUCGUAAUCCCACUCCUGCACCGAUCGAGCUUCACCAACAGACGUUGCUCGGUGAACGCUGGGAGGAUUUUUUUUUUUCCUUUCACGCGUGCACACAGCAACAGGUCAUUUAGAGCACAGUCCAAGCUGCAGCUGUGCUUCACUAGUCGUUAGACCAGCGUUAACUUUAGUUCGUGUGCACCGAGGGAUGCUUUUUGUCACUCUUUUCCGCGCAUUCGCCGUGAUAUGAACAGCAUUGUGCUCGCCGCCGAGCAGAUCCUCCAGUGUGAGCGCACUGCGUUUUAGAGGAGGUCGACCGUGGGAAUGAGAGGAAAAUGAAAAUGUGCUAAUUAAACAUUUUUCUGGCUGAUCAGCGCUGAGCCUUCCACACCGACACACGGACCUGCGAAGAGCUGGAGUUGGUGCGGGGAGAGGAUUUCGAGAAGGAUUGUAUGUUUAGAUGGUGCCAAACAAGUGGACCAUGAAUUCAGUUCUGCACAAAUCGCCACCAAGGAGCUGGCUUGGUCUCAGAUUACGCCUGAAUGAGAAGCCCGUCCAGGAGGACGAUGGGGUGGUGUGCCAACAUCCCGAGUGUCCUGAGCGGCGGAGGGCCUCUAAGGUUUGUCACCACCCAGACUGUCAAGACCUGAAUAGCAAAAGCCCCCUCCACCUGUGUGAGUCAUGUGACUCACGCUGCCAUUCAGAGAAUUCAGACAACAUGCACUUUGACCGGCACCCCCGAUUUGACUUGCAACCUCAAGCCUCCAUCCUGGCUCGGAACGUAUCCACACGCUCCUGUCCCCCACGGACCAGCCCCCCCUCGGACCUGGAGGAAGAGGAUGAAGGGAGCAGUGACCGUGGGGAGCGUAAAACGGUGGGGAUGAAGCUGGUGAAAAAGAAGCCACGGAGACGACACACUGAUGACCCCAGUAAGGAGUGCUUCAGCCUCAAGUUUGACCUCAAUGUGGACAUAAAAACAGAAAUUGUACCUGCUAUGAAAAAGAAGACACUGCGAGAGGUUCUAGGUCCUGUGUUUGAAAGGAAUGGCAUCGAGUUGUCCCGGGUGGACUUGUUCCUCGAUCAGUCUAACACGCCACUGUCCCUCAACUUCGAGGCCUACCGUUUUGGAGGACACUACCUCAAAGUGAAAGCUCGGCCAGGCGAUGAGCUGAAGGUGGAGCAGGGCGUGAAGGACUUGCGGUCUCUCAGCCUGCCCAACAUGAAGCCGCCUGGAGUCCAGAGCCCCUACAUCCUCGCGCCAGGCAGUGAGAAGGUGGAGCAUGGAUCUCUCGGACGCCGCGAAAGCAUAGAUCUGUUGGGUCAGGCCCGACGGAGGAAGAACAUAACAGAGUUUCUGGGUGAGGCGAAUAUCCCAGCCCCAGAUGCUCUGGGACAGAUCGGUGGCUCUCUACCUGCUGUAGGGGCUGGGCCCGACAGCUGGAAGAACCGUGCUGCCAGCCGCUUCAGUGGCUUCUUCAGUUCCAGCGCUGGAGCGGGGUCUUUUGGCAAGGAGGUGGAUCGACUGGAGCAGCUCCAGAGCAAACUCCAGACCUACUCAAUGUUUGGAUUGCCAAAGGUGCCACGGCAGCUCUCCUUCCACCAGGACUCCUGGGAGGGGGAGGGGGAGGAGGAGAUCGACCUAUCCCUAGAGGACAGCUGGCAAACGCUACUGGACAACUCAGAGGUACAGUGCAGAUAAGCAAACCACACAAACACACCCACUUUUGUCUUCUCGUUUUUUACGGCUUACGCUCUUUUUAUGUCUCCCUUCUUGCAGUUGUUCCUGUGUGGGCUGCUGAACCUGCAGGAGAGCGGCCUGCUGACGGAGGUGGAGCCCGCCAAGUUGUUCAGCAAUAUUCAGGAGAUCGUCCGCCUCCACACCUCCCUUUGGACCCAGGUCAUGCUGCCUGCCCUGAAGAAGGCUAGGCAAGCCCGGGCUCUGCUCGACCCCACUGACCUUCACCGUGGUUUCAGAACGUUUGGCACCAUGUUCAAGCCCUACAUCCGUUAUUGCAUGGAGGAGGAGGGUUGCAUGGAGUACAUGCGCACGCUUCUCAGGGACAAUGAGCUCUUCAGGACCUACGUCACGUGGGCAGAGACCAAAAAGCAGUGUAACCGUCUGAAGCUGGCCGACAUGUUGGCAAAGCCUCACCAGAGACUGACCAAAUACCCGCUCCUACUGAAGAUUCUUCUGAAGAAGACAGAUGAACCAGCGACCCGUGAUAUUGUCAGCAGCAUGGUUGCCACAGUAGAGGGCUUUAUCAACAGUGUAGACUCCCAGAUGCGACAGCGUCAAGAACAACAGAAGCUCGCCACCAUCUCUGCCCGUAUAGACUGCUAUGAGGCUGUAGAGGGGAGCAGUGAAGAAGUGGAGAAGAUCCUCAAGGAGUACAACCACUUUGACCUCAUGGCUCCCAUGAGAGAUGUAUCUCCGGAAGAGACUCGACAGCUGCAUCUCGAGGGCGCGCUGAGGAUGAAGGAGGGCAAAGACAGUAGGAUGGAGGUCUAUUGUUUCCUGUUCACCGACCUGCUGCUAAUUACUAAGCCGGUGAAAAGAGUGGAGAAAGUCAAAAUUAUCCGUCAGCCUCUCCUUAUUCACAACGUCAUCUGUAAGGAACUCAAAGACCCAGGCUCUUUCAUCCUCAUCUACCUCAAUGAAUUCAAGAGUGCAGUGGCAGCGUACACUUUCCAAGCCAACAGCGCCACCCAGGGGCGAAGUUGGAUCGAUGCAAUCUGCAAUGUCCAGAACCAGCUCCAAAGGCUUCGCACUGAGGAGUUCCUCCGCCAGCAGGACAGUCAGAAGAGAUGUAUGGGGGAUGGAGAAGAGGAGGAGGAGGAAGAUGAGAGCAGCAACUCCACUACAAGCUCCCCUUUGCUGAGUCACAAGGAUCAGCAAAACUCAAGUCAAUCAGACGGUUCCACUGAGACCCUAUCAGUGAUGGAUGUCGAUGAGCCCGGCGAGCACUCAGAAACUCCUGCUUCCAACAUGAACCUCCAGGAGAGCGUUAAUAAAGACUUGGAUAGCGCUGUGGGUUCCCUUUCUGACAGGUCUGUGGGUCAGAAGUCGACAAGUCCACUCAGAGUCCACUCCGCCAUCUACACUGAGCACAAUCAGGGCACGGGACCAGACAGUGAGGACCUGGACCCCCAGUGCCGCUCUCUUUCCAUGGACAGCGCCUACGGUACCCUCUCCCCUGAAUCCCUCCUAAGAGAACUGCAGCCACAGCCUGGCCAAAGUGAAGGCGAGGAGACUGAGGAGGAAGAGGGAGACAGGGAGAGUCAGGAGCCAGAGCACGAAGAGACAGAAUUAGAAGAAGUGGAUGAAGAAGAGGAGGAAGAAGAGGAGGAGGAUGCUUCAUUAGGGUCUCAGGUGUCAGUUGUCCAGUCCUCUAAACCUCGUCGGCGGCCUCAUGUACACCCCCGACUCCAUUGCCUUCUGGGGUUGUCCACUCUGGUUCUAUCCCGCUCCGAAGACAACCUCCUGCAACACUUUCACGGUAACCACCCCAUCUCCCACACGCACUCGCUCAGCUCUGAGACGCAGGACCAAUCGCUGUGCGGAGACACGGACACGUCAAAGCUGUCGCACAGUAAGAGCAUGUCCGAGCUGGACCACAACUCGUCAGUGGAAAACAAGGAGUUAUUUUCCACUGACCUCGACCAGUCUGACGAUCGCUUGGGCAUUAGCUUGCCCUCUGACAAACUCAGCGCCACCCUGAGGAGGGCGGAAGCCGGGCACGGCCACGGGGCGCCCGACGGACAAUGCGAGGAUAACGAUUCUCAGAGCAACAGCUCAGAUGGGGAAGUGACUCCUUCUGCCUGCUUAGAUAAGAAAGCCAAGUCAGCAGCGGCCGGCGACUCAGGGGAGGCAUCGCCCAAAAAGAGAAAAUCUCCAAGCCAACACAAGAAGCUGACGCUGGCUCAGCUGUACAGGAUACGCACCACUCUUGUCCUGAACUCCACACUGACAGCAUCGUAA